AUGCUCCGGCUCCUGGUGCUGCUGCUCCAGCUGCUGCGGCUGCCAGCGCUCGCCCAGGAGCCCGAGCCCGCGGCGCAGGACGUGAGCCUUGGCGUGGACUGGCUCACCCGCUAUGGCUACCUGCCACCACCCCACCCAGCCCAGGCCCAGCUGCAGAGCCCUGCAAAGCUUCGGGAUGCCAUCAAGAUGAUGCAGAGGUUCGCUGGGCUGCCUGAGACUGGCCUCCUGGACCCAGUGACAAUGGCCACCAUGCAUAAGCCCCGCUGCUCUCUGCCCGAUGUGCUGGGAGUGGCUGGGCUGGUUAGGCGGCGCCGCCGCUAUGCUCUGAGUGGCAGUGUUUGGAAGAAGCGAACCCUGACAUGGAGGAUACACUCCUUCCCCCAGAGCUCUGCUUUGAAUCAGGAGACUGUGCGGACUCUCAUGCACCAUGCCUUGACCACCUGGGGUAUUGAGUCAGGCCUCAAAUUCCAGGAGGUGGGUUCUCAGGGCACAACAGAGCCUGACAUUCUCAUCGACUUUGCCCGGGCCUACCAUCAGGACAGUUACCCCUUCGACGGGCAGGGGGGGACCCUAGCCCACGCCUUCUUUCCCGGUGAACAUUCAAUUUCUGGAGACACUCACUUCGAUGAUGAGGAAAUCUGGACUUUUGGGUCAAAAGAUGGUGAGGGGACUGACCUGUUUGCUGUGGCUGUUCACGAAUUUGGCCAUGCCCUGGGUCUGGGCCACUCCUCUGCACCUGACUCCAUCAUGAGGCCCUUUUACCAGGGCCCUGUCGGGCAUCCCACCAAAUACCGCCUGUCGCAGGAUGACCGUGAAGGCCUGCAGCAGCUCUAUGGGAAACCGCCCCAAACCCCAUAUGAUGAGCCCACAAGGAAACCCCUGGCUCCUCCUCCCCCACCCCCUGCCCUGCCCCCAGACAGCCCCUCCCUCCCUGACCGCUGUGAUGGCAAUUUUGAUGCCAUCGCCAACAUCCGUGGGGAAACCUUCUUCUUUAAAGGCCCCUGGUUCUGGCGCCUCCAACCCUCAGGACAGCUGGUGUCCUCCAAGCCUGCCCGGCUCCACCGUUUCUGGGAGGGGCUUCCCCUCAAGGUGAAUGUCAUCCAGGCUGCCUACGCCCGGCACCGAGACGGCCGAAUCCUCCUCUUCAGUGGCCCACAGUUCUGGGUGUUCCGGGACCGGCAGCUAGAGGGCAAUGCGCGGCCGCUGACGGAGCUGGGGCUGCCGCCAGGGGAGGAGGUGGACGCCGUGUUCUCGUGGCCACUGAAUGGGAAGACCUACCUGAUCCGGGGCCAGCGCUACUGGCGGUACGACGAGGCGGCGGCGAGCCCGGACCCUGGCUACCCACGAGACUUGAGUCUCUGGGAGGGGGCGCCUCACUCCCCCGACGAUGUCACCGUCAGCAACACAGGUGACACCUACUUCUGCAAGGGCGCCCACUACUGGCGCUUUCCCAAGGGCAGCGUCAAGGCCGAGCCGGACUCCCCCCAACCCAUGGGCCCCCAGUGGCUGGACUGCCCGGCUCCCAGAGCUGGCCCUCGCCCCCCCAGGCCCCCCAAAGCAACUCUCAAGCCCGGAACCUGCGAUUGCCAGUGCGAGAUCAACCAGGCGGCGGGGAGGUUGUGGACUCCCCUCCUGCUGCCCCUUCUGCCCCUCCUGGUGGAGACCAUCAUCUCCCACUGAGUUGGGACCGCACAACACUGAGGGGGCCGGGUGCCCACCUCGAGCCUGUAGGGGCGGGCUCAGCUUGGAUUGGGCUGGGCCAGGGUGGGUGGAGCUAAACCCUGGGGAUGGGAGGACAAAGGCUGUCCACCUGGGCCUUUGUCCCCUGGGACCCAACAGAGGAAGCGCUCAGCUUCCCUUACUUGGAAACCGCACCCAACUUUGAGUUGCCUCCGCAGGACUGUCCUUUUCCCGGAAUAGCUGGCUUUUCUCAGAGCACAGCUGACUGACUCCCUGUAGCCCAAGCU